AUGAAUCCCGAUAAAACUAUAGAUAACACAUAAUUUUCACUUUUAGAAAAAACAACAAAAAAAUCGCAACUUUUUUAAAAGAUAUUUUUCUUUAUCUUAGGUGUCUCAUCAUUGUCAGGAUGGAAUGCCAUCUUAACUGGUUUAUCAUAUUUUGCUGAUUAAUAUGAUGGUAUUAAAAAGGACUACUUAUUAUUAGGACGUAAUGUUUAUUUUAUACUACCUAUUCCUAAUUUCAUAAGUUUGUGUUUAAUUGGAUUGUUCUUACCUCGUAUUAGUUCUAUGCUUUCAAUGUUUUUCAGGAUUGUGUGGUCAUUAGUAAUUUUAUGUUUCCUUUUGUUUCUCUUGCCAAUCAUAGCAUUAGAAAUGCAUAGUACUUUAGGUAUUUAUUUAAUGAAUAUAAAAAAGGAUAUUGGUUAUGUUUAACAACAAUAUUCAUAAUGGGAAUAUUUUCAUCAUUAUAAUAGAAUAGUUCUAUUGGGAUGUCAGGGAUACUUGGUCCAGAGUAUGUUAAUGUAUUCUUUAUUGGUACAGGAGCAUCUGGAACUAUUAUCACCAUAUUUAGGUUAAUAUCUUUAGCUGCAAUCAAUAGUGAAAAAUGUAAUUGAAUUCUAUAUUGAAUAGCAAUAUUUUUAUAUAUUGGAAUAGCAGUAUUAUGGAAUAUAGGGGCAAUCAUAAUGUAUUUUGCAUUUACAAAGACACCAUAAUAUAGAAAGAUUAUUUAAGCACAUAAAAAGGGUAGGUAAUCUGUUUUAGUUCAUGAUCAAAUAAUUACAGAAGAUGAACCAGAUAAUGUAAUUUAAAAUGAUAGUGUAAUUUCUGACAUCAUCAAUUCAGACAUUUUUAAUUAAAUAAAUUAAAUUUAAGAUUAAAAUUAAUAAAUUGAAAAUUAAGUAGUCAAUAAAAAUAAAGAUUAAAUUUCGAUAGAAAAAAUGAAUGUAAUAUAAACUUUGAUAUGGAUUAAUAAAGUAGCUUUCCCUAUUCCUUUAUUGAUUGUGAUUCUUUAUAUUUAAACAUUUAUGAUGUUUCCAGGAGUAGCAUUCUAAAAAUCUUUUGAUUCUGAUUUUAUUAAUUGGGGUCAAUGUUUCAUUAGUUUAGGAUACAAUAUGGGAGAUACUUUAGGAAAGUUAUUAGGUGGUAAUAGAAAACUAUUUAAUUAAUAAAUUUUAAUUGGUUUGUUUUUAGUUAGAUUUGUUUUUUAUUAUACUUAUAUAGAAAUUGCCAAAGGAAAUCUAGAUCCUAAUUGGAUUUCAUAUUUUAAUACAUUUUUAUUUGGAAUUUUGAAUGGAUUUAUUACUACAGGUUAUAUGAUAUUGGGGCCAGAAAAAGUAAUUAAGAAUAUAUAUAAAAUAGACAAACGAAGGAUUUGUUAAAGAAAAAAUAGGUUUUGUAUCAGGGUUUUCACUUUGCUUAGGAAUUAUGUUUGGAUCAUUUUUAGCAUUGCCUUUUUCAAAUAUAUCUAAAUGA